AUGGCUCUCCGGUGCACAUCCUCGCAGCUCCUCAGUUUUAACCACAGCGCUCCUCCAACACUGGACUUGAUCAGCACGAUGCAGCAGCACUGCCUUCUCCGACGUCGUCCUUACAUUCACAGAAGCUCCCGCCGCAAAUACAUCCUUCAUUCCUCCACCGAAACCGGCAUCCCCUCUCUCUGGACUGAUCACAACACGCGCCAUCUUGGGAACUUCCAACUCGUCGACCAUCAUAAUCAGAUCCUCUCCUCCUGCCUGAACCAGUUCGCUCCCCUCAAAACUGCCACAGUCUCCUUUUCCACCUCUGCUCCUUGGUACACCCCAGACCGUCACAACCUCAAGAAGAAACGCCGACAGCUUGAAAGACUUCGCACCAAGACUGGUCUUACUGCUCAUGCCGAAGCCAACAAAUACUUCACCAACACCUACAACACCGCUCUCAAAUCCGCCCGUUCUGAUUAUUUCUCUCAGCUGAUUCGCUCCAAUUCCUCUCACUCACGCACUCUGUUUUCCACUUUCGCCCGUCUCACCAAGCCCAUUGACAAUAUCACCUCCACAUUUACAACAGACAAAUGCAACAAUUACCUCUCAUUCUUCCAUUCUAAGAUCCACACAGUACCCUGCACAGCUCUUCCUCUCACCAUCUCUCCUUUGAAACCCAUUUCCCUGUCGACCUAUCCAGAAAUCACAGGCUUUCCUCCUUCUCCCUGCUCUCAACAACCGACACCGCCAAGCUCCUCUCCAACAUGA